UAUAUAUUAUGAAAAACAAUCAUCAUCGAAGAACAAAAUCAACUGGCAAUUACUUUUCUAAUUAAUGUGAAUUUCUUGUUAAAGAUGAUUAUGAUGAUUAUGAUGAUACGAAUGAAACAAGUGCAAUUAUUAAAAAAAUAUAACAAUAACCUAUUCUGCAUCAUUAGAUAGUUGAAAAACUUGACGAUUAAAAUUAUGGAUUGUUCAAUACUAUGUUUAAUUUUGGUUAAAUGAAGUAUAAACCAAAACAUUCCAUAGACUUAAGCACAAUUACAGAGUGCAGUUGUAAUGAAUUCAUAAUAUUAAUAGCUACACCUUCAGCUAAAGAUGCUUAACCUAAACACAGGAAAUGUGGUAGCCAAUAAUAAUAAGUGAAAUAAUAACCGAUAAGUCAUAAUCAUAGUCAAAGUCUUCAAAUUCAACUGCUUGAAUAAGAAUUGUAAUAAAUGAAGGCUUAAUAAGCUCAAAUAUAAAAUGUGAAUAUGAUGCUCAUUAUUGAAAUUCAUAAAUCGAGAUAAGAGCUCUAAAUAUCUUAAUAAGUACAAUCUCACUUUCAUAUUAGAAAAAUGAACUUAUACUUUAAAGAAUAAGAAAACUAGAAAAGAUGUUAAGAGAUGAUUAAAAAUUAUCCUGUACAACUAACGACAGUCUUGAAUUUUUCUGAAAAAAG